AUGGCAUCGCGCUGGGCAGACGACGAGGCCGACAAAGCAGAAGCCCUGCGCCGCAAGCAAGAGAAGGAACAAAAGAAGCGCCUGAAGCUCCACAAGCAACAACAAGCAGAAUCCGCAUCUCUCGCAGCCACAGCCCCAGCUUUGGCAUCAGACCGUCCAGCAAAGCGCCGGCGACUCUCCAGUGGCGAGGACGUAGCCCCCACCACGGCUUCAGCGCAGCCAGAGAAGGAGCGCACGUUGCUAAGGUUGGAGGGUGGUGGCUGGACACCCUGCCGCCAUCGUGCCAACUUCCAAGUUCUCAACGACAUCGAAGAAGGGAGCUAUGGGUGGGUUUCCAGGGCCCAAGAGGUCGCAACCUCACAAGUCGUGGCUCUCAAGAAGGUCAAGAUGGACUACAACCAGGAUGGCUUCCCCAUCACAGCGCUACGAGAGAUUGCCAUUCUGCAAAAGGCCCGCCACCCAAACAUUGUCGACUUGCAAGAGGUCCUGAGCGGAGAUAGCCCGGAGGAGUGUGUCUUGGUCAUGACGUUCCUCGAACACGAUCUGAAGACGCUGCAGGAGGACAUGCACGACCCCUUUGUAGCAUCCGAAGUCAAGACUCUCCUGAGGCAGCUCGUGAGCGGCCUGGCCUUCCUGCACGACAACUUCAUCAUGCACCGCGAUCUCAAGACGAGUAACAUCCUCCUCAACAACCGCGGGCAGUUGAAGCUGGCCGACUUUGGAAUGGCACGAUACAUCCCGCCUCCCUCAGCACCACUGACCCAACUCGUCGUCACAUUGUGGUACCGCGCACCCGAACUGCUGCUAGGCACACCCACCUACUCGACAGAAAUAGACAUGUGGAGUGUAGGCUGCAUACUGGGCGAGCUACUCCUCAAGUCCCCCAUCCUGCCCGGCACCAACGAAGUCGACCAGCUGAGUCGCAUAUUCGGCCUCUGCGGCCUCCCCACAGAAACAACCUGGCCGGCAUUCUGGCGCCUCCCCAACGCACCCUCGCUGAGACUCCCCCGCGAGCAGCGAACCAAGCAGUUCUUCGACCGCGCCCGAUUCCCCUUCCUCAGCGGCGCAGGCGCAGCGCUGCUAUCGGGCCUCCUGAGCCUGAAUCCCGAUGAGCGGCCCACCGCCCACCAAGUCCUCCACCACGACUACUUCCGAGAAGCACCGAAGCCGAAGCCGAGCGAGAUGUUCCCUACGUUCCCGAGCAAGGCGGGGCAGGAAAGGAGACGGAGGCAGAGUCCCCUCGCGCCGAAGAGAGGCGAGGCGCCGCGGCUGGCCAAGGUGGAUUUCAGUGGCAUCUUUGCUGCGCACGAGGAAGGCGAGAAGGGGGCUGGGUUUAUGCUGAAGAUGGCUUGA